UCAAGAUUGUUUCGAGUUUCGAUAAUCUAUAAUUCAUCUCGUGUUAUUGUCUUUGGACCGUUUCAAAGAUUCAAUGGCUACUCGUUUCUCAACUUUUGUAUUCCCCCUCAUCCUUAGUGCUUUUAUGUUGAUGAACUUCGAUUUUUUUGUGAUGACGGUGAGUGCGAGACAUCUUUUGGAGUCGCCAUUACCCAAGGUACCUGAAGAGCUUCCGAAGCCAGAAGUACCUAUUUUGUCAAAGCCUGAGCUUCCUCCAUUGCCGAAGGUUGAGUUGCCUCCUUUGGAAAAGCCUAAAGUGCCUGAAUUGCCAAAGCCUGAGCUCCCAAAAGUACCUCAGUUGCCUCCUUUGGAAAAGCCCAAAGUGCCGGAAUUGUCUAAACCUGAACUCCCAAAAUUACCUCAGUUGCCUCCUUUAGAAAAGCCUAAAGUGCUCGAAUUGUCUAAACCUGAGCUCCCAAAAUUACCUCAGUUGUCUCCUUUGGAAGAACGUAAAGUGCCCGAGUUGUCAAAGCCUGAGCUCCCAAAAUUACCUGAGUUGCCUAAACUUGAGGUUCCCGAAGUACCAAAAUUGCCUAACUUGCCAAAACCCGAACUCCCUAAGUUGCCUGAAUUUACACCUCUACCAAAGCCCGUUUUGCCUACCUUUCCAAAGGACAUACCCAUCCCUUCGUUCAACCCACCACACGCAACUACCAUUAAACCUUGAAUAGCAUAUUCAAUUGUGGGCUACAAGAGUUGAAUUAAAGAUACAUUCAUACACAACUGAAAACUAUACUUCGUUUUUUUUCUUCUUUUUAAUUAUCAUUUCUAGUAAGCAUAUGAGAGGUUUAUAUAUCUUGUCUCAAUUCUUGUUUGUUUCGUGUUCUUAUACUUAUAAGAUGUUGUUUUCUAUAUGAAA